GGCGGGGACUGAACACCGGAAAUUACGUUUUAUUUGUUUUUCCUCCGCUCACAAUUCAGAUAAUUACCGCUGUUUACAUCUCAGGAGAGCUGUGUGUCCCGUAACUGAAAACGUGCCUACUAUUUGAUUGCGUUGUUUUUUUCAAUAAACAUUAAAAUGCGGCCAUGAGCGCCUUGAGCUUCCCAGUCUUUAUUGCGGUUUUAUACCACCUUGUGGUGAAUCUGAGGAGGUUCAAGUGCGCCCAAACUACCUAAGUUAACAUUAACAUCAAAUUUCUAAAAAAAAAAAUGACUGCAAAUUUUGUAUAUGCAAGUCCUCUUAAAAAUAAGACUGUUAAAAUGUAAAGAAAACAUGUUGAUGAAAGAGUCCCUGGAUAUAAACCCAACUGUGGAUGCCAGAUGGACUGUGUUUUUCAGAUACAGUACAUUUUGUUGCUACGUUCGCUGAGAAUGAGAAUAUUAAUGAGGCUGAAGGGAUCCAAGGGGUUACUUGGGUCGCUCUCUCUUUUAGUGUGUACAAUGGCUAAUAUGUAACAACUGUAAAAGCAAUGGUGUGUAAAAACAAAUGAUGACUACACAGUCAGGGUGUUUGUCUUAAAAUGCUGAGCCCUCAUGACUUGGGAACACAUUAUUUUAUUCUUUGUGGGUUCAAUCUGAAGAGCUUGCAGUCGUUGCCAUGGCUCUGUUGAAUGAUUUAUGAUGCCAGGUUGAGAUAUAAAGCUAUCUUAGGUGCGGACCGGGGGGCUUCAUGGUCCUUUGACUGGUGCUGAAGAAGGAGCUGUUGAGACUCUGGCGCACAGAAAGGAAACUUCAGAUGGAUUUAGUCUACAGCAGAGGUGUGCUGGUUAUACAGCACCUCCAGAACAACUACAGGGAACACCACGACUUCCUCAACUUUAUGUCAACUGUGGGAGACCCUCGUAAUAUUUUCUCCAUUUAUUUCCCCCUCUGGUUCCAUCUCAGUCAUAACGUGGGCAAAAAGAUGAUCUGGGUGGCUGUUUUUGGAGACUGGCUCAAUCUCAUUUUCAAAUGGAUUCUGUUUGGGCAGCGACCUUACUGGUGGGUGCAGGAAACUCCCUUCUACCACAACGACUCAUUCCCACUUUUGGAGCAAUUUCACAACACAUGUGAAACGGGGCCGGGAAGUCCAUCUGGUCACGCCAUGGGCUCAUCAUGUGUGUGGUAUGUGAUGAUCACCUCUGCUCUCAACUUCACCAGGACUUCCUCCUCCACUGUCACCUCUGUGCAGAGUUUCCAAAGGUUUCGUCUUCUGAGGUCUUGCCUGUGGAUGGCUUUUUGGGUCAUUCAGAUAAGCGUCUGCGUCUCCAGGGUUUUUAUUGCGACACAUUUCCCACAUCAGGUUGUCCUCGGCCUUUUAGCUGGUAUGCUGGUUGCCGAGGCGUUUGAUCACAUUCCCUCAGUCUACAAUGCAAGCUUGAAAGUGUACCUCCAGACCAACGUUUUUCUUUUCUCUUUUGCUAUUUGCUUUUAUCUGAUCUUCAAAUCAACAGAUAUUGAUCCUCUGUGGUCAGUUGCUAAAGCCAAGAAGUGGUGCGCUAACCCAGAUUGGAUCCAUCUCGACACCACACCUUUUGCCGGUCUGGUGAGAAACCUGGGAGCCUUGUUUGGUCUGGGCUUGGCGGUGAACUCUCGGAUGUUCAUUCAGAGCUGCAAGGGGAAGAACGGCUACAAAGCCAGAUUCAAACUCAUGUGCGUGGCAGCAACUCUCACAUCUCUGCAACUGUAUGACUUGGUUAAAAUUCCCACUCACACUGAGGUUCUGUUUUAUUUUUUAUCAUUCUGUAAGAGCGCUUCAGUUCCUCUCGGUGUCGUGGCUGUUAUCCCAUACUGUGUUCAUCUGCUGAUCGGACAUGAGGACAGGAAGCUUGCUUAGAUUGUGGAGGAAGUGUGAAGUUUUGUAACAAUCUUAUGUUAGACAUUUAAGAUAUCAGAUGGGUUAUGUCCUGUCCCACCACCCAUCAGACUGUCAUUUACAGUUAUUGCACAUAAGCACUGAAACUGCAAUAUACAAAGUUACACUACAAAUUGGUUAGAAGUAAAUCUGUUUGUCUGACUUGAAGCCUAUCUGAGUUUUUGUCCUUUCUUAGUUUUGUUUGUUUUCAUUGUACAGUAUAACCCACUGCAUGAGUGUACAUGUGAAGCAUUAAUGAUGUGAUAUGAAAGAUUGCUGUAAAUAAAUUGUUAAUAUCAA